AUGUACGCUCCCGGCUACGGCUUCUCCAAUGUCCCUCCGAACUUCAACACCGGCGCCCCACCUCCAAACCAGAACCCUCACAUGCAGCCAGGCUCUGUCCCAACCCAGCCGGGCCAGCAGAUGAUGUACAACCCUAAUCAAUUCGCUGGUAUGCCCGGAGGCCAGCCCGGCUUCGUCGGCGGUCCCAAUCCCGCCAUGAUGUCGGGCGCUGGCCCUGCAGGCAUGAUGCAGAACGCCGGCAUGCCACACAUGGCUGCCAAUGGUCAAAUGGCCUUCCAAAACCCCUACCAGGGCAAUCCUUACGGCGGCAACAUGCCCGCGCCGGGCGGCCAACAUCCCAACUUUGGAGGAAUGCAAGGCUUCCCGAUGAACGCGGCGGCCAUGACACCUCAACAACAGCAGCAGAUGAUGAUGCAGCAGCGCAUGCAAGCGCAGCAGGCACAUCAGCAGCAGCAGCAGCAGCAGCAGCAGCAGCAGCAGCAAGGAGGGGGACAAGGGAAUCAUGGAAACCAAGGCGGCAUGCCGUUGGGCUCGACACCGCAAAGGCCGAUGAGCGCGGCGCCAGGUGGACAAGGCUCUCCGAACAACGCGAUGCAGCAGCAGCAGCAACAUCAACAGCAACACCAGCAGCAUCAACAGCACCAACCUCAACAUCCUCAAACCCCUCAACACCAGCAGCAGAGCCAGCAACAUCAACAACAGCAUCACCAGCAACAGCAGGGUCAGCAACAGCAGCCGUCGCAGCCGCAAAGCCAGCAGCAACAACACCAGCCACAACAAUCCCAACAUCAACAGCAGCACGCCCAGCAACAGCACGCCCAGCAGCAGCACGCCCAGCAGCAGCACGCCCAGCAGCAGCAAGCCCAGCAGCAUCAACAAAACCACCAGCAGCAACAACAUGCGCAACAGCAACAGCAUCAGCAGCAGCAGUUUCCGACAUCGCAACCCCAACCACAUGGCCAGACUCCUGCGACCUCGGCGCACCAGCACUCGGCUUCCGUUGCGUCCGUAACGACCCCGCAAACCCCGACAUUUCCUCAACACAACCAAAGCGCGACUGCCAACGGCACCUCGUCCGUGUCAACGCCACUUAGUCCCGGUAGCGAGUCGCGGGAACAGGAGAGAUUUUCACUACUGUUAGAGAUCAACCAAGAGCUAUUGUUCGAGUCGAUGCAGUUGCAACAUACUCUGAGCGAGUUGAAGAAAGAGGCGCAACCUUCAGGUGACGGAGAUCAGGCGAGGAAACCGACCCAAGAAGAGGGGUCGGUCCAGCAGGACUACAGCCAUUGUAUGCGACGCCUCCAAGCGAACCUUGCAUAUCUAGCCGCGUUGGCCGAUCGGAAGGGCAAUGUGCAAGUCCCUCCGUCGCCCGCCUACCUUUCCUCCCCGCCGCUGAAUAUGACACUCAAGAUCCGGAAUUCAACACCGCCCGGCGACAUUCCCGAAAACAACCCCGACCCGAUGACAGACCGCGAGGAACGGUCCAAAUACCUGUCUGAACUGUACAGAAAGCUUCAGGCGCUGUUUCCGAAUGCGGACCCGAAGAAGGAACCGCCUUUCCAGGCCGCGGGCCGUCCUCAGGGUCAACCGGGGCAGCAGGGACAAGGUCAACGGCCGCCGAGCCAUCACGCGAGCCCCGCCAUGGCUCAAGCUCAACGGCCCAUGCAAAUGCAGAACAUGCCCGGAGCACACCAACCGCAGGGCAUGUCUCUGUCCUAA